GGAGCUGCGGUCACACCAACACCUGGGGUUGGGCUGGGUCUGUGUGGAGCCCCAGAGAUGACCCCCAGCCCCUUCCUCCCAAGAACCAAUGAGGAAAAUUAAGGGCUUUUCACCUGUAGUUGGGGAACCAGGCCCUGGGGUGAAACUUGGGGUGGAAGAUGGCGUACUUUGUCGGCUGAUCCAUUCUCCAGAAUUCAACUUGUUCUCUGGCUCCGCAGUGUUCGAAAGCAACUUUAUCCAGGUCACCAAGUCUGGCAACAGGAUGGAUAUCUAUGAAAGACCUGCCACCGUGAUCCUCGGGGUGACCUCUUCAGUGCCUUCCUUGCCACUCCCUAAUGUCCUCCUGAUGGCCAAUGUCACCUGGCCACACGGUCAACUUUCCACCUGUAACAAGCCUGGUGUUGCCCCAGUCAUCACCCUCAACAGGAUCCUCCCCCUGAAGUAUGUGGAGUUACGCAUCUGUGACCGGCUCCAACGCAUCCUGAGGGUCAGGACGGUGACCGAGAAAAUCUACUACCUGAGGCUCCACCAAAAACACCCAGAGGCCGUGUUCCAGUUCUGGAUGCGCUUGGUGAAAAUCCUACAGAACGGCCUGUCGAUCACCACCAAAGACCCGAGAAUCCAGUUCACGCACUGCCUCGUGCCCAAGAGGCCCAGCAGCUCCCCGGACACAACACCUGAGAGCAGCUUCCCAUCGUCCUCCCAGCCCAGUGAGACGCUCAUGCUGUUGGCGGCCGAGCAGACCAGUGGUAGUUUCUCGGAACUUUCUGGAAGACAACAGUUCACAGCAGACAGGAACAUCGAAACUGUCCUCGAAAUAGACAACUCCACCAGCUGCGACUCCACGCCCUCUCUGGUGGCAUCCCAAGUCGACCUGCAGGUGCCCAUGAGGGCCGCCCUGAGCCACAGCCUCUGGGAACAAGAGGACACAGAUGAGCACUGCCAGCAGGUUCCAGUAGCCAGUUCGCUGGGACAGAACUUUCUGGGACCCUGACCCUUCACCCCACUGCAGGGUGAUCUCUGGCUCUGUGUCCUUACCACACCUCCCCGCGAGGCUCACUGUGA